AUGAGUGGAACGCAUGUACCUGUUGACUCAACUUUGGCGCGAGCGUCACCAGCUCCCCUCCAUCAUCGUUUUUCUCUGACUAUGACAAACGUCAUCGCCACCAAUUUCCUUCGUGUUUCUUCUCUAUCAUCUUUAUCUAGAUCUUUCAUCUCGUCAUUGAUUAAUUUUUUCAGCAGAUCGAUGAAGUCGGAGACGACAAAGUUGCAUGCUGAUGGCGGAGGUCGACGUGGAGCCCUAAUCGAACUACAGAAGGAGGUGGAAAGGAAAAGGAUGAGGUAUGUAGAAGGUUGA